AUGCAAAGAGGCGUCUUUGGGAUUAAUGCAAUUGGAUUCAAAUAUAAGAAUGGAGUUAUUGCCGCUGUUGAUACCGGCGCGUCCUACGGUAUGAAAGUGGUUUACGGAAUGCAGAGUGUCUUCAAAGCGACAGAUAAUUGCAUUAUCGUAUUUUCAGGACUUUUGAGUGAUGUCCAAUUUCUAAGAAAAUUUAUCAAGCAAGAAAUAGAAUCAGACGUAGGAAGAAAGCUGGAUCCACAGGGCAUUCAUAAAAUGAUUCAGAGAAUUCUCUAUCAGAAGAGAAGUGAAGCAGCACCAAUGAAUGUUUCUGCAAUUGUCUGUGGAAUAAAUCAGAAAAAGAACGAGAUUUUUGAAAGCACAGACAACAAAGGGAGAAUGCUAGGUGUUGUAAAUUCCAAAGGCAACUUCUGGUUUGAAGACUCUGCUGCAGUUAGUUUUUCAUCCAAUUUUGUUUUACCUAUUCUCAGGGAAAGAGACUUGGAUAAUCUUGAAAAGGAAGAUGCAAUAAAAUUAAUGGAAGAGUGUUUUAGAAUUCUUUGUUACAAAGACUGUCGUUCAACAAACAAUAUUCAAAUAGGAAUUGUUGAAGAGGGAAAUAUGGAAAUUCUACAAUCUUACAAUAUUUCAACUAACUGGAUGAUUGGCAAACAAGAAGAGGAAAUUCUAAUAGAAUAA